AUGGCUCCCAAAAAGCGGACUAACAGACAGUCUCAAAAGUCUGCAGGGCCUUCUUCCAGACCAAGAAUCCCAACCUGGGCUGCAGUAGUCGGACCAGCCAGAAUUGUAAAAACGCCAACGCGUACCUAUUACGUUCUGACUCGACGUCCAGUACCGCCAGCCACACUAAGCAUGUCCAAUGGGGGAUCUUCGGCAAGACCUGCCCAGCUGCAGCAACAGCAACAGCAGCAGCAGUAUGAGCAGCAGUUGACUGGUUUUGGCGCCCAAGUUGAACAUUUAACAGAUGCUGGUGAUGGUGCUACUACUGCCAAUGUUAAUCCUACUCCUGCUGUGCGGGCACCGCAGGUAGCUACUACUAUCGCUGCUCCCGAAAGACAUGGAGUCGUGACUCCACCUCCAUCUCCGCCUUUUCGCGGUCGCCCUGCAAACAUUGCAGGAGCCAUGGAGUGGACGAUGGGGGCGUUUGGAUCUACUACGAGACUUGUGGGGUACCGAACUCUUUCACGCCGGGUAAGCGUUUCCAAUCGGGAGUCUGCACGCUUAUAA